CAUGGUUGCUGGGCUGCCGUCGCCCAUUCUUGCCGUCCCCGGCCGCCGAGCCCAGCGCCCCCGACGCCUUGCCCGUCGCAAAGCAGCAGCAGAUCGGGGACGCCGCCGACGCAGACCCGGCCGCCGCGCGCCGGCGCCAGCAGCUGCUCGCAGGGAGGACGCCGUCAAGGAAAAGGUUUGGUAGUCGAGCUCUUCGGCGGUGGGAUGACGAGGAUGAAUCUGAUGUUGACGAUCUAUUGAUCAUUGCCGGUCUUCUUGAGGGCUUGAAGAGAAACAAGUGGAAGAAAAAGUUCUGUGGAUCGUUGCCGGGUCGCCACAACGUGCCAAGGGACAUUCUCGGAGGUCACCAGCGCAUCUACCUGGACUACUUCGCUGACCAGUGUGUAUACAAUGAGAAACAUUUCAGAAGGGGGUUUCGGAUGUACAAGUCUCUCUUUCUACGGAUAGCUGCUGCAAUUGAGGCGCAUGACGACUACUUCCAUCAGAAGCCUGAUGCCGUUGGAAGUCUUGGCGCCUCUGCAUUACAGAAGGUCGUUGCUGCCUUUCGGAUGCUGGCCUACGGUAUUCCAGCUGACUUCCUGGAUGACUCUGUGAGGUUGGGAGAGAGCACCAUCAUCGAGUGUUUGAAACGUUUUGUGAAAGCUGUUGUCGAAGUCUUUGGUGAAGAAUACUUGAGGGCCCCCAACGCCCAGGACAUAUCCAGGUUGCUGGCAAUUAAUAAUGCAAGAGGGUUCCUAGGAAUGCUUGGUUCAAUUGAUUGCAUGCACUGGAAAUGGGAAAUGUUCCCAACGGCUUGGAGAGGAGCAUACGCAGGGCAUAAAGAUGGGCCAACUAUGAUCCUUGAGGCUGUUGCAUCUCAAGAUCUAUGGAUCUGGCAUGCCUUCUUCGGCCUUCCUGGUUCUCUAAAUGAUAUCAACGUGUUGCGCCGUUCUCCACUCUUCCAGAGUCUGACUUCUGGGACAGCGCCUCAAGUGGAAUACAUGGUCAAUGGAAACAAGUACACAAUGGGUUACUAUCUUGCCGAUGGGAUAUAUCCAGCAUGGGCGACGUUUGUGAAAGCUUUUCAAUCUCCACAGGGCAACAAGAAAAUCCAUUUCACAGCGGUACAAGAGGCAGUGAGGAAAGAUGUUGAAAGAGCUUUUGGGGUACUCCAAAAACGCUUUGCAAUGGUGCGAGGUCCUGCGAGGUUUUGGAGUAAGGAAGAUCUGUGGUACAUAAUGCAAGCUUGUGUAAUCUUGCACAACAUGAUUGUUGAGGAUGAGAGAGAUGAGGAAGAGGAUUUUAACUACCACCAAGAGCCCCACGGUAUCCCGGUGUUGAGACCUGCGGACUACGACCGCCGUGAUCCUCUUGUGCUGGAGGAGUUCAUGAAGAUACACGACGAGAUUGAGGAUAGGUCGACACAUGAGAGACUUCGUGAUGACCUUGUAGAGCAUUUAUGGGCCAUUCAUAGUUCUAGCUAGUUUUAUUAUUCAUCCUUCAAUAAAAUCCAUUUGAUUUUGUCUAUUUGCUGUGUUAUUUUUGCUGCCUAUCUGGUGCCAUUUUGUCAUUAAAGAUUGUAUAUUAUGCAUCCAUACUGUCGGGCUGAGAUGUGCAGUCAUGUGGUAUUUUCAUUCGUGAAUAUCUGAGGAUUGUCUUUUGUUGUUGAACCACCA